AUGGGGAGAAGUGGAAGUAGAGGAUGGAGAGAGCAAGGAGAGAGAGAAUUAACAAAAAUCGAAGCCAUUGCCGUGGGAAACGAGGUAUUUGUUGACCCAAAUAACACGACCAAGUUCCUUGUACCCGCCAUGAAAAACAUCCAUGCCUCUCUUGCCAAGUGCAACCUUGAUUCUGCUAUCAAAGUCUCAUCCCUUGUAGCUCUCACUGCCCUCCAAACUUCAUAUCCAGCUUCGGCUGGGUCUUUCAAGCUCGAGCUAGUUGAAUCCGUCAUCAAGCCCAUGCUUGAUCUUCUGCGUCAAACCGGCUCAUAUUGCACAGUACGAACUUGCUUGGGUUUUCUCAUAUCUCAGUUGUAG